AACUAGAAGAUCAUGGUUAUCAAAGCUGCAACUUUUGCAUCAGAGCCCUAUAAAAAGCAAGAACCCUGCGACCGCCUAUCAGUGAAACCUAAGAAAAAUCGCCGCCGCUUGCAGGCAAACUAUCAACCUUUUAAAGAUGACUCGUGUGUGGACGUGAAGCAAGAGGAGCGCUGAAGAGGAUGUUCUACCACAACUUCUGGGACGCUUUAUAUUGCGCAGCUUUGCAACCGUUAUGUUCGAAGCGGGUUUUUAUUUUUCUUAGAGAGCGAAGUUUGAGAUUUAGAAUGAAGCAGAAAGAUCUCUCAUGUCACAGAACAAACACAUCCACGAGCGUCUGUCUGCACCUGAUGACAGAGCUGACAGAAAUCAUGAAGCGAAGAAAAUUUUGCUUUAUUUUCAAAAUAUGAAAACACAAGUCUUCUGGGAUGGAGCGCAGCGGUCAUUUCAAGCCGACACCUGCCCAGUUCGAGAUUUUGAACAGCUCGACCGGCACCAAUGUGACUUUAACACCUAAAACGCACGAAAAACAAGAAAGUUUCGCUUUCCAAGUCACCUUGGCGUCAGUUCUCGGUCUCAUCACCCUUGCAACGAUAUUAAGCAACGCAUUCGUCAUCGCCACCAUUUCCCAAUCCAGAAAGCUCCAGACACCGGCGAACUUCUUGAUCGCGUCCCUGGCCGUCACCGACCUCCUGGUGUCGGUGCUCGUGAUGCCCAUUUGCGUGCUGUACACGGUCACUCGCGAGUGGACGCUCGGGCAGGUUAUGUGUGACAUCUGGCUGUCCUCAGAUAUAACCUGUUGCACCGCGUCCAUACUUCACCUCUGCAUAAUCGCCUUGGAUCGAUACUGGGCUAUAACGGACGCGGUCGAGUACGCCAAGAAACGCACCCAAGCGCGCGCCGCGGGUAUGGUGGCGACCGCCUGGAUCAUCGCCAUCUCCAUCUCCCUUCCGCCUUUCUUCUGGCGACAGGUGAAGGCAGGGGAGCUGACCAACUGCUCGGUCAACACGGACCACAUCUUCUACACCAUCUACUCCACUUUCGGAGCUUUCUACAUCCCUACGCUGUUGCUCAUCGCUCUGUACGGGCGGAUUUACGUGGAGGCGAGGAAGCGCAUUUUGAAGCAGUCUCCCAAAAAAGCGGGGAAAAGACUCACUUCGGCACAUCUGAGUACUAAUUCGCCCGCUUCGGUGGCUUCGACCUCUCCUUUGCAUAGUGGAAGGCAUGACCUUUGCUCGGACACCGCGUCUCUGGGCAGUGACAAUCAAAUUAGAGUAACUGUGUCCGAUUCACUUCUGGAGAAAAAGAGAAUAUCGGCUGCGCGCGAGAGGAAAGCCACCAAAACCCUGGGCGUUAUUUUAGGAGCCUAUAUUGUGUGCUGGUUGCCGUUUUUCAUUUACACACUGCUGGUUCCCCUCUGUGAAUCGUGCUUUUCCGCAGAACUCUUUGAAUUUUUCACUUGGCUUGGCUACGUCAACUCUCUGAUCAAUCCAAUAAUAUACACCAUGUCGAAUGACGACUUUAAGAAAGCUUUUCACAAACUCAUAAGGUUUAGAUGUUGCAGACGAUAGUAAAAUAAAUAAGUAUAAGGGAAAAUGCUCAGUCAGUCGGUCAUUAACGCAGGUGAUGUGUUGAAGGCUCGAUUCUGAUAGGUUGCUGCACGUUUUAAGGUGUUGAUUGUUCCUCAGUACCUUGCAGGGCUAUGGAGCAGUUCCAUGCCUUCAGUCAAAUAUUUCUUCGGCACAUUAUUAGCCCCUUUUUUAAGAGCUAUAGAAUAGGCCUCUUGAAAGAAGCAGACAACAAAUACCCGAUCAAGCAUUUAAAUGGAUAAAAAUGACAAAUUAUUUCGAUCUUCCUUAAACUAAUUCAUCUAAUAGCUUUGCUAUUUGUAAUUAUGUUGCUGCCUACUGACACCCCCGAGAGCGCAGCGGACGCGAGUAAUCACAUUCGCGCUCCCUCCCUCUCGCUGUCACGCGCACAACCUUGGUUACGCCAAUAACUGCUUAGAAACUGCCCAAGCCAGGUUCUGGUUCUACAAGUUCAUACCCUUUUGAAUUAAGAAAAAUGGCUUGGGCUGUUUCUAAACAAGAAAACAUUUUAAAAAAUGGUGUUUUAAGGAUGAAAACUUGAAUAAAUAUAUUGAGGUAAAAACCGUAAUGUAACACGGUAGCCAUGGUAUAAGCGAAAUAAUGGACUCCAGACCAUUGAAUUAUUGGAAAUUCACGUCGUGAUAUUAUGCCACCUUAAUCCUGAGUCCUAAUCAUGACCGUCUGACUGCACAUUACAUGACUUAAUCAAAUGAAUAAAUAAAUGGACAUUAAAUAAUUAUUGAGUUGAUAUUUUAUUUGUUUACCUUGUAAAGAUGGCAGAGAGCCAAAACACAAGCACAGUUAUAUAGAAAACAUGCAUACCCAUAAUAAACUGUUAAGUGGGCCUCAUUUAAUGUAGUAGACGUAGGCUAUACUCCUUCAACACUCAGCAGAAUGUACAAUGACUUUGGAUUUCAUAAUAGUGUUUCGACAGCUUGUGGUCAACCUGUCGCUAAUUAAUAAUGCAAAACUGUGUAAAAAGCUUCAUUGUCUUAAUUCUUUAUUAAAUGUGCAAUUCAAUUGCUCUUAUGUGGUCACUGCCUAUUGCUGCUGACUGGUCCUAAACUUAAUAAAUAAGCUGGGUAAUCCA